AUGGGCUUUCAAUACAAAACCGUCUUGAUGGUGGGUGCUACUAGCGGCAUUGGUGCAGCUAUGGCCGAUCGACUUGUCCAUGAAGGGGCCAAAGUCAUCGCGGUCGGUCGCAGACAGGAUCGACUCGAUGCUUUCAUCCAAAAACAUGGCUCUGAAAAAGCUAGUUCUAAGAAAUUCGACGUGACUGACCAGGAUGGUAUGGAUGGUUUCGUCACUGAUGUCACUACCACUCAUCCGGACAUCGACUGCCUUUUCUUGAAUUCCGGCUUGAGCAUCCCCAUCGAUCUCUCUCGGCCGUCUAAAACGGACAUGUCUUCUUUCCACAAGCAGAUCACCACCAACUUCACCGCCCUGGCAGAUCUCUCCGUCAAGUUUCUCCCCUUUUUGAUGGCUAGAAAGAGCGAGACAAGCAUAAUCUUUCUUUCAGGCUACUCUGCCUCAAAAGCCGCCCUCAACUCAUUCGUCAUGUGUCUCCGCGAUGAACUCAAAGAGUCCUCCGUUAAGAUAAUUGAGAUCUGGCCGCCUGUAGUACAAACCGAAUUGCACGACUACGCCGGCGAAAAAGGUCGCUCAAUGGGCAUGCCUGUCGACGAAUUCACAGACAAGGCUUUCAAGGGCAUGAUAUCUGGUGUCGAUCAGGUCACUAUCGGUGCCGUUGGGCCUCAAGAAGCAUUCACCGAGCUUGUUCAAAAGCGGCAAACUGCCUUCGAGAAUCUCUCGACUAUAAUGAGGGCACAUCCGUUGAUUUGA